AUGAAGAGCAUCACCUAUGCUAACACAGUAGACAAAUUCGAAAAGCAAGUGAGCGCCUUGAGAGAAUCCCGGCUUUACAAAGACAAACCAAAUGUUGAGAACUAUAUAAUCAACACGGGGCUAUCAUGCAAAGUUCGUUGGGCACAGGCUUUUCGAAAGCAGCAGGAGACAAACAUAGUUAACACCAAUAACGGCACUGAGGCGCAAAACAAGCUGUUUAAGUACGAAUAUCUUCCGAGAUCAGUUGACAAAUCGGUUUAUGGCAUUGCAGCAAUACUGGUAGAAUCGUUCAUUCCUGACUCUCACGGAAGAUAUUUGGUAAAGAACCUCAAGUUCAGCGAUGAAUAUGGAAGAUAUAAUUCUAGGAUACCGACUUAUCUUCACAACCGACCACCACAGUUUGUUAAACACUGUUUGGACAGUAGAUUUGCUGCUGGUGAAUUCACUGAAGCCGACAUCUCAUCCGUAAACUUUCAGAAAGGCUAAUUCAGCGUGAAAAGCGUAGCCAACGUAAACAAAAAGGAGCUAGUGGAUUUUUCCUAUCCUAGUUGCACUUGUGCUUCCUGGCAAAAAAGUAAAUACCCUUGCAAACAUUUCUUUGCAGUGUUUGCCCGCUACUCCUUGUGGCGAUUUGAAUCUCUACCCCAUUAGUGCAGGAGCAGUGUAUUCAUCUCUCUUGAUCUGGAUCAUUUGAUUAGUAAUAAGCAUGACAGUAAUGCACAGAAUUGUGGCAUUUCUCAAGGUACAGCUAAAUCAUCAUCAUCCUCCGACGGCCGUCCAAGGUUAGCCAACGCCUCUGGCGAUGAAUCGAUGGACUGCGAACAAGCAGAAGCAGAAUCUGAGGAGAAGUCAGCAGAAGCAGAAUAUUUGGAGAAGUCAGAUAUUGAGUUACCCAAUAAUAGUCCCAAUGGCACCACUACGACUUCUACAGUUGAAAAAUUGAGAAAAUGGUUUCUUGAUAAGAUCGAUACCUUCAAGAAUACCACGUAUUUGGUAGAUGAUGAAACCACGAUGUCAACAGCUUUAAAACAACUGAAAAAUAUUCAGCUAAUGCUACAUAAGAGCUGUUCUUCAACGCAUGGUAUUCCUUUCAGAAUAAGCCCAGUCAAGGAGAAGUUAAAGAUCACGUCAACGGAAUACCAUCAAGUAUUUCACAAGAAAUUUCCCCUUAGACGGCGCUGGAAAAAGAAGACUCUGAAGGCUGAUUUGAAUUUCAUUGAAGAAGACAGUAAUGACGAUGUUGAUGAUGAUGCUGCUAAGAGGAAGGUUAGCUGUAUGUUUAAUCAUAAAGUGAGUCGAGAAAGGAAGAUCAGAUUGAGAUUGUUUGAUUUCGAUGUUUGUGAAAUAUCAAACAUUUUUCUUGUAUCUACUGGGAAACUGCAGACGACUGUUUCAACAGCUUAUCGAAAACAUAAUUGAGUUUUAUACUCGCAUCUGUAUUACGCCCUAAAAAUUCAUGCUAGGCUUGCUUUUAUCCGGCCAUCAAGUUACGGAAGCUUAGUUUUUCACUCUCUAUCAAUGACUGUUUUCAAAUGAACCAAUACAAUUUUUUUUCAGGCGACCAACUUUUUCGUUGUAGACUUAACUGCGAGUGGUGACGGAGAGCAGAAGACUGUUUCGCAGGAUGAUGAGGCAAACAGUACAUGUUUAGAUCUUGAAAGGUUAAGGUUAGGCCAUAAGUUCUCUGAUAAAUACGGUUAGUUUAAACGUUAAUUCGCGUUGGAAUUUUUCUGUUAUUAGGAACGGAAGCGCUAAGCUGCCAGUGAAACAGCUGAAAGGUAAACCCACCGCAAGACUGUUACGCGCUAGUAAAAUGGGCCUGAAGAUGACAGACAUGUUCCACGACGGACCUGCCAAGCUCACCGUUUCUGAUACAUGGAUGUUGAUCCAUCCAGAGGUUGCGAAAAAAAAUAUAAAGUUUAACAGGACAAUAGCG